AUGCAGAUCAAGACCUUCGCCGCCACCCUCUUCUUCGCCCUCGCGGCUGCCCUUCCCUCGGCUAGCCCCGAAACCAACGAGGCCCAGGCCGCGACAUCCAACGCCGAGGUUGACACCGCCACCACCCCCGACGUUUCCAUGGCCAGCACCGCCGAGAAGGCCAACACCAACAGCGACGCCCCUGUGUCCAAGAAGACGUGGCAGGCCGAUGGCCACUGCGAGUUCAAAUACCGCAAGCUCGAGAACUGCAUCACUGCGUGCCUGUUCGAGGCUAAAUUCGGCCCUGCGAAGUGCCGUGACGCGAUCAGCAUCGAGGGUCUGAGGACUGGAGGCUGCCUUCCCCUGCGCAACACUUGCGAGUGCACCUGCACCUACUAG